AUGUCUGCAGACAUAGAAAGUGUUGUUUUGGACAAGAUCCGUAUCGGUAAUAAAUUUGCUUUGCAACUUGAUGAGUCUACUGAUAUUAGUGGGCAUGCUCAACUCUUGGCUAAUGUGCAACUCUGGCAGCAACAUGUUGGAAAUGGCAAUCUUGAAAUGUUCCCACUCACCAAUAAAUGUCAAGGUGUUAAUACUGCUGCACUGUGUGAGGUAAUAGUUAAACAUUUGAAAAUUCUUGAGCAGAAGAUAUCAUUUUAUUUCUCUUUAGUCACCACAGAGUACCUUGACUGGGUUAGGGAUCCAUUCAGCUCAGCAUCAGCUUUUGGAAUGGACAUGACUUUGCAGGAGCAGGAGGAACUAACUGAACUGAAACAAGAUCGUUGUCUCAAGCUAAGCUUUGGUGAUCUACCUUUGGACAGUUUCUGGUUGGCAGCUGCCAAGGAGUUCCCCAUGCUGGCCCACAAAGCUAUUUUGACAUUGCUCCCAUUUUCCACAACAUAUCUGUGUGAGGUGAGCUUUUCAAGCCUGACUGCUAUAAAAACUAAAAACAGAGAAAGACUUAGGGCUGUUGAUGAAGAGCUUCGUGUGUGCCUUUCAUCGAUUCCUGCCAGGAUAUCUGCUCUGUCUUCAUUCAAACAGCCCCAGGUUUCACACUGA